AUGAGGCUCUCCAGCUAUGCCCUCCCAACAGUCCUCCUGUCCCAGCUCGCCAGCGCUGCGCCAGCGUCAAUAGCACCAGACUACGAUGUAUCGAAUCCACGUCUCGAUCCUGAGGGCAACAAGCUGGGAGCGGUGGCAAGCGAGAGCGACAUAUGCACCAACAUCGGUGGCGAUGUGCUGAAGGCUGGCGGAAACGCUGCUGAUAGCACAGUAGCCACUGUGUUGUGCGUUGGGGUCAUCGGCAUGUAUCAUUCUGGCAUCGGUGGCGGUGGCUUCAUGCUCGUGCGAAGCAGUAAUGGCAGCUACGAGUUCAUCGACUUCCGAGAGACAGCUCCAGCGGCAGCUUUCCAGGAUAUGUACAACAACAACACCAACGCCAGUCUGUACGGGGGCUUGGCAAGUGGUGUACCGGGCGAGCUGAGGGGUCUUGCGCAUCUGCACGACAACUACGGCAGCUUGCCUUGGAAGGAGCUUGUGCUUCCAGCCGUCAAGGUUGCACGAGAUGGAUGGCCAGUCAACGACGAUCUGAUCACGUACAUGGACUCGGCAGUAUCCGGCAUCGACAACUUCUUGGUCAACGAUCCCAAUUGGGCCAUUGACUUUGCUCCUAAUGGCACUCGGCUAGAGUUAGGCGACACCAUUACUCGGAAAAGAUAUGCAGCGACUCUGGAAAUGAUCGCGGAACACGGCGUGGAUGCGUUCUAUGAAGGUCCUAUUGCCAAGACCUUGAUCAAUGCGAUACAGGCCACCAACGGUACCAUGACUUUGGAGGAUCUGAAACACUACACUGUAGCCAUUCGCCCCGAACAAAACAUCACCUACCGCGACUACAAGGUCCAUGGCUGCGGUGCGCCAUCAUCUGGAGUUGUUGGCCUAAGCAUCCUGAAGAUCAUGGAAGGCUACACCGACAUUGGUCAAGCGGCUACACUCAAUCUAUCGACUCACUACGUGGACGAAGCGAUGCGUUUCGCAUAUGGUCAGCGCAGCGAACUUGGUGACCCGUUGUUCUUGGAGGGCAUGGAAGAAUACCAGGCCGAUAUGCUCUCACCGGAGACAGUAGCAGCGGUCAGAGCCAAGAUCAGUCCUCUUCACACCCUCAAUGUCUCGGCAUACGAUCCAUCUGGGUUUGAGAGUCUGGAGACACCAGGCACGUCUGCUGUCGUUGCCGCCGAUGUCAAUGGUCUAGCCAUCGCUCUAACAACCACGGUAAACACGCUCUUCGGCUCCAAGGUUCUCGUGCCAGAAACCGGGAUCAUCGCCAACAACGAAAUGAACGACUUCUCCAUCCCAGGCUCAAGCAACGCUUUCGGCUACAUUCCGUCCCCAGCAAAUUACGUCCGUCCCGGGAAGAGGCCGCUCUCAUCCAUCACCCCUACAAUCGUGGAGCACGCCAACGGAAGUCUCUACUAUCUUGCAAGCGCCGCAGGAGGAAGCCGCAUUCUCACAUCCGUUCUCCAGAAUGUAUGGCACGUUCUGGACCAGAAUAUGACUGCGGUCGAGGCACUUGCGCAACCAAGACUUCAUGACCAGUUGGUUCCCAACCAAGUCAGUUUUGAAUACACGUACAAUAAUGAGACCGUGGCCUUCAUGAAGUCCCUCGGCCACAAUGUGACUUGGGUGGCUCCUGGCCAGAGUACAGGACACGCGUUGAGAUUGCUUCCGAAUGGUACUUUCGAGGCAGCCAGCGAGCCUCGACAGAAGAACUCGGGAGGGAUUGCAGUCUGA